AUGUUUGGGACUAAUCUCAAGCUCAAUGACCAUGUCCGUGACUUGGUUGAAGAGGCUAAAUGCUUGGAACGUGAUGGCAAUUCUUGUGUUGUGCUGGGUACAGUAGACCCCAUGGUUAGCCACAUCAUUCCGUACACAUGGUGGGACAACAAGGAGCAUGGCAACACGACUGGUGAUAUCAAGUUUCGCGGUCCUGGCUUGCUCAGUGUCAAUCUUCUAGGAGGGAACUGCUAUGUCUACAACCCGCAUGAACUGAGAGGCACCGAUAAAGUAUGGAACAUGAUUUGCCUCCAUCCUGAUUUGCAUAAGCUAUGGGCAAGGGGUUACUGCGGAUUCAAGUAUAUAUUCACGGAGUCCUCCAACGAGAAUGAAUCAAAAGUGACGUUGCAGUUCCGAUGGAUGCCUCGAACCAAGAAGCGUCUCGGUCAAGAAAUCGACAUCAGCGGCACAGGUCAUGGGAGUGACCGGCGGCAGUUAAUCGACGAGCUCAAUUUGUUCCAUGAUCGAGGUAAUCCACUGCCGGUUUCUUGUGAAGGAGCAUUACGACACCUCACCAGGUCGGGUAAGCCGCUGCCGUCAGGAUACCUUAUCCACAUCAACAUGCAAACAGACGAAACGAAACGCUUCAAGGAGGCCAUAGACAUUCAGUGGGCGUGCAUCAUGUUCGCGGCUUUCAGCGGCGCAGCGGGCAAUCCCGAAUUACCUUCGAGGCAGAACCCGGAUGAUAAGGCCAUGCAGUGGAUUCAGAGCCAGGCGAGAUAG